UCUUCCUCCAUCAUCUGUGCCUCAGCUCACACAGCCGUGAUAGAGCAGGACGGCUAGUAUUUGCACGCAGACAGCGAGAAGGGGAAAGAGAGAGAGGGAGCAAAAGAAAGAGGCAGACAGAGCGAGCGUAAGAUACAAAGGGGGAGAAAGAGAGCAACAGCAGAGACAACGAGAGAGAGAGAUGGAGGAAGACAGGGAGACUGCAGACAUCUUUGUUAUCAACAAUGGAGCAUGAAGCUCUGGUAAGGCGAUAGGCAGAUAUUGGGUAGGGGAAAGACAUUGAGGAAAGGGGGUCUCGUGUGACCACAGGGGGAGGGAGGAGGAGAAGGAGGAAGUGGAGGAGAAGGAUGGGCCUCGAACACAGACCUGCAGUUGCACUGCCAAUCCUGGAUUAAACAGUAUGCUGGAUAAAAGCGAAGUGACAACAUUGGGCCUGCCCCCCUCAGCCAGCCAUGGCGGCUCUGACAGUAACAUCAGCUUGGAUGGGGCUGGGGUGGGUGCGGGGGCAGGGGCAGUGGCCGGGUUGGGGGCUGUGGCUGGAGGGGCUGAAGGGGUCGCCGAGCCUCAGCGAACGCGGGUCGCUCUGGAGCACCUGCAGCAGAAGAUCCUGAAGAUAACUGAGCAGAUUCGGAUAGAACAGGAGGCAAGAGAUGACAACGUAGCCGAGUACUUGAAGCUGGCUCACAACGCAGACAAGCAGCAAGCCUCGCGCAUCAAACAGGUGUUUGAGAAGAAGAACCAGAAGUCUGCACAGACCAUCGCCCACCUGCACAAAAAGCUAGAGCACUACCACAAGAAGCUGAAGGAGACAGAGCAGAAUGGUCCAGCCCGUCAGCCUAAGGAUGUGCUGCGGGACAUGCAACAGGGGUUGAAGGACAUGGGGGCCAAUGUACGAGCCGGGUUCCAUGGCUUUGGUGGGGGUAUGGUGGAUGGGGUCAAAGGAGGGGUAGAAGGAGUCAAAGGAGCUGUGGUGUCUAAGCCACGGGAGUUCGCCAGCUUGAUCCGCAACAAAUUUGGCAGUGCAGACAACAUCUCCCACCUCAUAGAGGACGGGGUGGGAGGGCACUCGGAGGACGUGCCUGCUCAAAGAGCCCUGAGUGGCAGUGCCACCCUGGUCUCCAGCCCCAAGUACGGUAGCGACGACGAGUGCUCCAGUGCCACCUCUGGCUCAGCGGCAGGCAGUCACUCAGGCGGGGCCGGGGUAGGAGGUGGGAUGUCGGGGCAAGGGCAGGCUGGCCUGGGGAGCCCCAGACUGGAUGGGCACCACCAUCACCACCACCACAUUCACAGCUCCUGGGACACCUUGCUGGAAGGCCUGCAGGAGAUCAAGGCCAGCCAGGCCCACAUGGAGGAUGCCAUCGAGGACAUGAAGAGUCAGCUGCAGAGUGACUACUCCUACAUGAACCAGUCUCUGCAGGAGGAGAGAUACAGGUAUGAGCGACUGGAAGAGCAGCUGAAUGACUUGACAGAGCUGCACCAAAACGAAAUGACUAAUCUGAAACAGGAGCUGGCCAGCAUGGAGGAGAAAGUAGCCUACCAGUCCUAUGAGAGAGCCAGAGACAUACAGGAAGCGGUGGAGUCAUGCCUGACCCGCAUCACUAAGUUGGAGCUCCAGCAGCAGCAGCAGCAGGUGGUGCAGUUGGAGGGUGUGGAGAACGCCAACGCCCGCGCCCUGCUGGGCAAACUCAUCAACAUCAUCCUGGCACUCAUGGCCGUAGUGCUGGUGUUCGUCUCCACCCUGGCCAACUUCAUCACCCCACUCAUGAAAACCCGAGCGCGGGUGGCCACCACCGUCAUUCUGGCCCUGUUUCUGUUCAUCCUUUGGAAGCACUGGGACUUCCUGGACCUGUGGCUAAUGCCCAGCUGAGUUUCCUACAGCCAAUCACCCACACCCUUGUGUCUGAGUGACCAGGAUGUGGACAGAGGGACCAGAGUGAUACACUGAGCUGCCCUAGACACUCUAACAGUCUCAAACUCAGAGAGCGUGAAUACAAAACUCAUAUUUCUGAAAGAGAACCAGUGCACUUUUUUGAUAGGAUUUAUGCUUGAAGAGUCAUACUAAGGAGGGUUGAAAGGUCAAAACAUUUCUUUACAAAGCAACUGGCGAAGACUUCCUUCGGAUAGGGGGGGGGCAUUUCUGGUUGACUGAUGGUCGAGAGAGAGACAUUUAAGGAAGAGUGUUGGGUGUUUUAUGGUGAUUACCAUGACAAGGAACCUGAGGAACUAUCUGCCUGGUCGCUUGGCAACUCAAGCAUUUGCUCUUUCUCAUGACCAAUCUAGUGGUGUCAACUCACCAUCGUACUGUAGUCACUAUGACCUAAUUACAAUUUGAGAAUUCAUGUUGAAAUUCUUUGACACUUUUCUAAUGUUAGUAUAGGCCUACACUUAAAAGUGAAAAUGGAUAAAAGAACAAAUUAUACUUUGUCUUUGCUAAACCAUGUUUGCUGUUAACUUUUUGUUGAGCCAAUUGUAUAUUUGGAGGACAUGGCCAAGCAAAAUGAUUGUUAUUUUGCUCAAUGUUAGGGUAUGUACUACUCAUGCAUGUCCUCACGUGCAUUUAUACCUGUGUGAUGCACUUGGCAUGAGUAGCAUUCCAACACCAACAGAAAUACUCUUUGGACUUAAUAGCAUUCUGUUGUCUGUAGACAGUUUCUACCUAAAUGUUUUUUUAAACUUUCAUCUCCAUAUUAUUUUUAAAACAAUCAACUCAAUCUCUUCUGGUGUUUAAAACUACACCUUUUUGGUGUAUCAGUCCUUUUAGUGUCUUAUGUGUGAUGUAAAGAAGAAUUUGAGGGCCAGAAAGUAAUCUGGUGAGAUGGAUCAUCAAAACUACUAAAUGAUCUAUAAUCUAUUCUGAGCAUCAAUGCUAUUUCAAAACCACUGUUGUUGUAGAGCAGCUAAGAAUAUAUGUAGUGUCAGAUUCAUAAGCAUGUUAGACCAUUGCUUCCAUAUUUCUAUCCAGUUUGCGAAAUCCAUCACAACUCUGUUGCAUUCUUAAUAAAUACAUUCUUAAACUAUA